UACCCUAGUCAAAUUUCAAUUUCAAUUAAAUUAAAACUUUCGUUAGUAUAUUCCAAGUAUAUUCUGUGAUUAAAAUCAUAAAAUAAUAAAUACAAGAAUUAAAACAUGCAUUCUGCAUGCCAUAGCUGCAUGCAUUAUAUUAUAUAUUAACAUUAACUAAUUAUCAUUAGAUUUCAUAUGUAUAUGUAAACCAUAUGUAAACAUGUUAUAAACCAGUAAAUUAACAAAUUUGUUGAGUUGAAUUGAGUUGGAUGUUCUAUUGUGAUUAUUGAAAACUUCAUAAAAGCUUUGUCCAUCUUAUUAAAUAAUUUAGAAGAUAUUCGAUAUGGGUGUCGUAAAUUUUUGAGUUUGAGGUUAUUUGUUGUACACACUCAAAUACGUUUAAAUUAAACCAAAGUUAAACGUAUUUGCUUACACUUGUAGACUUGUACAGCGUAGAUGGUAGUCGUAGUAACCCCGCAAAACUUUAGAUUAUAUACCGUAACUUAAUUUGAGUAUUAUACUACCACCACUAUGUCUGAAUACGAUAAAGUUCGUCCAGGCAAGCUUAAAUUAAAAGGGGAUAAGAUCAAGGGCAAGAAAAGAAAGCAUAAACACAAAUCACACGAAGAACAUACGCCACAAAUCGAUGCUGAUACAAUAAAACAUGGCAAUUGGUGGCGAAUUUCGAAAAUAGAAGACAUUACUGGCCCUGUUGCUAUCGAAUUUGGAAAACAUACUUAUUUAAAAGCCUUAGAUAAUGGAUUAUUCACACUUGGCGCCCCUCACAAUGAAGGAGAAGGUCCGUCUCCAGAAGAAAUCUUAACAGGUGUUUUUAUCAGUGAAAGGAAGGUAGCAUUUAAGUCAGGUUACAAUAAAUACCUGCGAAUUGAGAAGAAUGGGGUUGUUACUGGCCGUUCUGAUGCUAUCGGACCAUCGGAACAAUGGGAACCAAUAUUUCAGGAUCAAAAAAUGGCUCUGCUAGGCUGGAAUGAAUGUUUUAUGUCUGUGGACGAUGAAGAAUCUGUUAUAGCAAAAUCGAAGAAAGCCAAUGUAGAGGAAUUUCUUACUAUUCGAUGUCACACUUUUAAAGAAGCAAAUCCUUUGAAAGAUGUGCCACAAGAGGAACAGGGAAGUCUUAAACAAGUUGAAAUUAAUUAUGUUAAGAAAUUUCAAAAGUUUCAAGAUAAGAGACUUCGGUUGUGCACGGAAGACAGUAAAGAUUUAAAGAAGGCUAAAGAUGAGGGCACAUUCCACGAAACACUUUUGGAUCGUAGAAGUAAAAUGAAAGCAGAUAGAUAUUGUAAAUAAAAAUAUAAUAAAACUGUUAAUUCUAUGUAUUUUUUUAAUCUCUAUGAUUAUUUUAAAUUAUUUAAUAUAUUCUCAUUUAUUGAAAAAUAAAUAUGAGUAUGUCUUGCAA